AUGGCGGCGUCCAAGGUGAAGCAGGACAUGCCUCCUCCGGGAGGUUAUGGUCCCGUUGAUUACAAGAGAAAUCUCCCGAAAAGGGGACUCUCUGGUUAGUAUACUAAUUACAUUUGUAUUGCGUUAAGUUUAAAAGUUCUGAGUAGAUCGGUUUAUAGUCAGACCUGUGAAACAAGGGACGCUAGCUAGCUAGCUAGCUAAUAUCUUGCCAAGUUUAAUCAUUUGUGUGAUAUUGUUUAUUGUAAAACAAAAAAAAGUUGUUCCCCUGUUUGUUAUCCCAGUACUGUAUUUUCUUCACAAAUGACGACCGACGUAGCACCACAAAGAUACAAUUCAAUUACGUAAUUAUAUGUGUAGCACAGACAGGGUUUGGAGAUUAUUAUCUUGCUGAUAUAAAUUGCUGACAGUGAAUAUUCUCAUUUUCAGGGUAUAGCAUGCUCGCCAUUGGAGUCGGUGUCAUGUGUUUCGGUUAUUGGAGACUCUUCAAGUGGAACAGGGAGCGGAGGUAAGAAUUGCCACAAUGGAGUUAAUGUCACUGUCAUUGAUUCAUUGUACCAAUUCAUAUCAUUGAGAUGGAUUUAUUGUUGGUUAAUGACCUGCUGAUAUUUUCUGAUGGUGUGUUGUAGGCGGUUGCAGAUUGAGGAGCUGGAAGCAAGGAUAGCUCUUCUGCCUUUGCUGCAAGCAGAGCAGGACCGGAGGUAAGAUAAGCACCAACAUUGACACACACACAAUCAAAUGCUACUUCAACCGGGGUAAAGGUGAUUUACCAAUUUUGUCCAUGAAUAAUCCGUUGUUUUAGGAACUCUGAAUUUGUUUUCCCACUAGGCAACUACGGAUGCUGCGGGAGAAUCUGGAGGAGGAAGCAGUCGUAAUGAAAGAUGUCCCCGGCUGGAAGGUAAAGACAGACGCUUGGUUUCAUUUCAGUCUAGACAGACAGAUGUUUGUUUUAUUUGUCAAUUGUUAUGAAGCUGCAGAUGGUUGUUUUUCUAAAUGUUCUAGAAUAAGCACUAAAAUGGAAGCAAAUAACUCUGCAAUGCUGCUCGUUCUACAGUGAUGAAUACUAAGCUCCUCGUUUGUAUGUAUUUAGGUGGGCGAGAAUGUCUUCCACACAGAACGCUGGGUGGCCCCCCUCACAGAGGAGCUGUUUAACCUUCGACCCCGGGAAGAGCUUCUACACAAGCGCUUUGGCUUCCUGUGGUACGUGUAG